AUGAAGCCGGUUUUAUUCAGGAAGGGAAGUCAAGCAACGCAAGUGAUAUGCUCUCUAUUAACUCUAAUUCCAGUUUUCGCAUACGGAGCGGCUGUAGGAUGGAUGUCUCCAAUGACUUUAUUACUUCAGUCCCCGGAUUCACCACGUGGUGAACCAUUAACUGAACUAGAGGUGUCUUGGAUGGCAUCAAUAACAUAUUUAGUUGUUCUGCCCGGCUCGUGGGGACUAGCUGUAAUAGCUGAUAAGAUCGGACGAAAGAAUGCAAUCCUAAUAGUGUCCUUAUCUGCCCUUGGGACAUGGUCUAUACUCCUGACUUCCCUCAACACCUGGGCUCUUGUCACAGCACGAGCUUUGGUUGGUAUAGGCGGUGCUGGCAGUUACGUCAUAUUCCCAAUCUACAUCAAGGAAAUUAGCGAAGACAGCAUCAGAGGUAGCCUCGGUUGCUUGAUUGGUGUAUUCCAUACGGCUGGUAAUUUGUUUUCAUACAUUAUUGGAGACUUAUUGGAUUAUUACACGGUACUUUGGAUAUGUCUGGCUUUUCCGGUUACACAUCUCAUUUUUCUUACAAUGAUGCCGGAGACACCUUCAUAUCUCUUGAAGACUGGAAAGGAUGAGAAAGCUCUCAAAGCCCUCGCUUGGCUAAGAUGCAGAUCUGAUGAUGACAUAGAGGUGAUCAAAGAACUAGAGCACACUAGAAGAGAACAAGAAAAUGAUGCUCAGUCAAACAAAUUCCUUCUUAGAGAAAUUUACAAUAACAAAAUACUUUUUAGAGCAUUUCGUAUUGCUCUAAUAGUAGUUCUUGCCAGAGAAGUGUGCGGUGCAGUGCCUGUGUUAAAUUUCGCUGGAGAGAUAUUCACAAUAUCUUCGGAAGGAUCGACACUACUUUUAUCUCCUAAUCAGCAAGCUAUUUUACUGGGCACUGUACAAGUGGUCGGUUCUAUUUUCGCAUCCAGUAUUGUGGAAAAGUCUGGAAGAAAGCCUCUCAUUUUUAUGACUUCACUUCUAUCUGCUAUUGGCAUGGCAGCGUUGGCUACAUGGUUCGUGCUGAAAGACUUCGGUAUCAACGCGACAACAUGGCUGCCGAUAGCAACAUUGUGUUUGUGUAUAUUCUGCGACUCAGCUGGUCUUCAGCCUGUAUCUAUGGUCGUUGCGGGAGAAAUAUUUUCCUUUAAGUACCGCGGCACUGUAAUGGCCGUUACAAUGUCUAUCGCUUCCUUCUCAGACUUCCUACAACUGCUAUUCUUCAAACCAUUAGCGAACCUUAUUGGUAUAUACGUCUCUUUUUAUUUCUUUGCUGGAGUAUGCUUCUUCAUUGCCGUUUACGUUAUAUUUUGUAUUCCCGAGACAAGAGGAAGAACGCUAGAAGACAUUUAUGGAGAAUUGCGAGGAGAGAAGGAUCGACCUAAUGGAGAUGAUUUCAAAGAAUCAGCGACCACAUAG